UCAAGCGAAGUUAUUUUUUGCCGGUGAAAGUCAAGCUUCAGUGAAUAGUUCCACGCGAUCAGUGAUAUUUCCAAGCUCAGAUAUAUUUUGCCAGGAGGUACCAGACUCAGCAUGGAUCGCGAUAACAACGAGUCCUACGGCCACGGCACGAGAGAUCCGUACUUUCGGAAGAAUUUCAGUAACCAUCAAUGGAGGCGAGAAGGAAACUACGACUUCAGGCGAGGAUCGAAUGGACGAUGGGGCUCUGACUUCGAGGGCAGAAACUCUUUUUACCGUCGCCAUUAUUGGGGAAGACGCCCGUGGCGCUUUGGUCAACACUUCCAUAACAAACGCCGGGAACAUGAACGCCGAUGGUCGUGGCAAUGCCCAUGGAAAAGGCGUUACACAGGAAGGAUGUACCCAGACGACCUUCGAUGGACGAUAGAUGACCAUAAGGCAGCAGAGUACGACGAUCAUCAGUACCUUCCUGAGGUUGAGUCGCGAGGCCGCGGUGACGUGAAGCCGCGACAUUAUAUAAGAUACCAUGACGAGCCACACGCUUCAUCAAGCAAACACUCUCAACAAUGGUUUGAUGAAACAUCCCGUAAAAAGCAGCCAUCAAAAAUGAAGGAGCGAUGGAGCGAAUGUGCACUAAAACCUAAGCCCAACGAGAAUGUCUACGAAAGUGACGGCAGUUGUCCGCAGUACCAGCGCUACUGGGAUACAAUUGUUAGUGAGAAAAAAGUGCGAUCGGAAGUAAGAGUGGAAAGCCGGGUAGAAUUUUUAUCAGAAAACUCCAGGAACAAAUCAGAAAUUCAUCGCCAAUCGGGGAAACCCAAAACACACAUCAAACAAGAUGAUGGAAAACGCCAGAAAUCAUCUGAGGAAUGUAGACCUUCUCACAGCCUGCGUAAGCGGUCGGUGGAUCGCUCCCGAGAAACUUCUAACAGACGCAGGCACAGCCGCAGCAGCAGCAGUAGUAGUUUCACUUCCAUUUCUACACCUAGUGACUCGUGCGCUUUUUCACCAGUUUCUUCUUGUUCCACUGAUGAACUAAUAACAUGGAAUAUCACGCCGUCAACUAAUAAAAUGGAACCUCACGCAUCAUCGCAAUUUUCAUCCUCUUGGAACCAGCAGGUUUGGGGACAAGGAGCUGAGGAUUUUCAAGAAGAGAAAUUAUCAAAUAUUCCCGUAUUAGUGUCUAGCAGCCAAGACUCGAGCAUCUUCAGUGCGAACGAAUCAAACUUAUUCAACUCGUCGAUUAACACGAGCGACCCGAACCAUGCCUCGACGACCAACACCUCCCAAGACAGCGGAGUGGCGUCAGUGGAGCUGGACUCGUCCGUUGAGAGGGCGGAUGCCCGGACAUUGGCUCUGGAACAGCUGUCGCGUCUCACGCGCUGGGUGCUCGGCAGCUGCAUCAAACGGUACAUGCCUUCAGUGCGUCCCCCGCUACUCACUGCCAUGCAGCUUGGAACGGCGCGCGACACUGACGUGAGUAAGUGGACGGAAAAUGGAAUUCAACACGUUCUGAUGGUCGACAGCGAUUGGCUCAAAAUGACCUCUGCUAUGCAAGCGUACAAAAAAGCACAAGCGGGCGGCGAGAAAUACUCCGUCGACUGGAUCUGCAGGAAUUUCACGCGCGAAGUUUGGCCACACACCGCAGUGGACGUGGCGUGCAGCCACCUCGCUGUUCACACCGCCCUCGAAUCGUCCACCAAAACUGAAUUAUUCGCACACAAUACUGCCUGCUCGCUGAAAGAAGGAUCAUGCCUCGUGGCAACAGUUAUUAGUUCUGCACAAAUUUUGCGUCUCCUUAGGAAAGAAGAUUCUGGAAGAAAAUAUGACGGGCGGAAUUUUAAGUUGAGACUUCACGGCCACUCAUCUCGCAGGUCAUUGCCAGAUUUUGGAGUCCGUUUCACUCUGCAAAUCGGAAAAGAACAGUUCGAAGGUUACGUGGUUCAGAUAUCCGUGAUAGAGGAUAUUUUCUCGCGUCACAGUCUUCAACUGAUAAAUCAUCGUUCUUUCUUGCAGUUGUUCGACCAUUCAUGCAAUUUCAGCCCGUGUUUACAACAGCUGAGAACACUUCGCUUAGUGGGAAACAAUACAGCAAGCAGGGAAAAACUAUCGCCAGUUCUUCAAGACAUUGCAGAGCUCUUCGACGUGCUCAUCUUCAGGAAGCUGGCACUAGCAGCUCCGAAAUAGAAAUCCACAGGAGCCCCUAACUUGUGUUCCUUCAUUUCGCAUCUAGAGGAAGCUUCAUUUUUACCUGCUUUGAUUUUAAAAUAUUCGAGUAUCGUUUCUUUUUAGCUAUAAUAAAGAAUAUGGAUGAAUAAUAUUCGCGCUUGGUAAUAAAUUUGUGUGAUAAGAGGUAACUCUCGGCAGGUCUGAGCGAUUACAGAUGUCUCAUAAAUUCGAGGUGUCCUGCUAAACAUAAGUGACUAGGAUAUCUCGCUAUUAUAGCUAUAACUGACAAAACAUUUUUGGUUCUUUAAUGGUUUACUAAGCUAUAAGUUGGUCAGAUAAGUCGGAGAUCAUUCUUAAGAAAACUAA